ACGCUGUCUGGACUUACUGGACUGGGAAACAUUGGCGGUUUUAUAGCUCCUAUAAUCACCUCCCACCUCAUCUCCCAGGUUGGGUUGAGCAUGAAGGAGUCGGGAAUGGUGUGUAUAGUGCUAACAGGCGUUGGCAUUAUCUUCUGCUACAUCUACGGCUAUUUAACUGACCUCAUCUUCCGCCAUCAACUUCUCUCCAAAGUCAACACUCGCAGGCUCAUGCACAUCACAGCCAUGGUGACAGUAGCUAUCAGCCUGGUAGGAGUGGUGAUGGCGAAGUGUAGAGCUUUGUUGGUGGUGUGUAUGAUGUGCCUCUGCGGGUUGGGAAUUCCUGCCACUACGGUCUCCUACCAGCUUUCUCCUAUGGACAUCGCUCCCAACUAUGCCGGAACGCUGUCUGGACUUACUGGACUGGGAAACAUUGGCGGAUUUAUAGCUCCUAUAAUCACCUCCCACCUGAUCUCCCAGACGAACGGAUGGGAGGUGAACAUCCUGUUGACGUGUGGCGUGUUCGUCACUGUGGGUUUGCUUUACGUCGUUGGCGUUAUAGCUGACGUACAGGACUGGAACUAUUACGAGGAGAUUCCCGGCCACACGGAGAAGCCAACACUAAGUGUUAACACUAGUGUUCAACACCUCGGUGAUGACCAUACUUUUAGUGCUUCAUCGUUCCAGCGAUUUGGAGCAGCCAGCAGUUAGUACUGUUGAAGCAUCUGUAUCAACACCUUGGUGAUUACCAAUUCUGCAAGAACGAAUAAAGAAACAAGUAUGCAUCAGUGAAAAAGCAAAGAACGUGAGAUGCAUCGCAGCCCACGAAAGCUUCUCAUAAAAUGGGGUGAAGCUAGUCUAUUAAAAAAAAAAUAGAAAAGCAGUAUUGUUUAGAGGUGGCGAUGAUAGUAUCUAACACAAUGGUGCAAAACUCUGGGUUUUACCAUAUACUGUUGUAUCUCAACAUGAUAUUAUAGUUAGGUGACAUAAUGAACCCGCCCUGGAUUCACUACCCAUGACUAUCGCCACCUGUGUUUCAACUGACCACUCUCAGCUGUCUGCUUUCAGUAAACCUUAUAUAGGAAUGACAAAUGUUUCCAUAAAAAAUGUUCUAGUGCCUCACUUUUUUCUUAUUUACAUGUUUUUCGGUAUUGAUAUAUCACCAAUCAAUGAUGUUGACAAGUAUAGUAAUACUGAUCUGUUUUACAAUUCAUGACUCAGUAUAUGAAGAAGUCACAAGUUGUAACAUGACUCUUCAAGGGAAAGGGGAUGCUUAUAUGUUGGUGGUCUCCUGAUCCAAGGAAUUGGAGUCACAUAACAAGUAAAACAAUCUUAUACAAAACCCACAAGAUUAAUAAGACACACACAUGCAGCAGUCAGGUAUCUUUACUCUCAAAACGUAUUAUCUACUGAGUAGGAUUCAGUAGAAUACAAAUGUGAUAACAUUUGAGAGAAAGAUGUGAUGACUUGCCUUGGAGAAGCAAUGUUGAGAUGAUCCUUCUCUCAUCCUUAAGAAGAGUUCAGCUCCAUAGUCUUGAACAAUGAAAAACUGAGCAGGAGAGAGCAAACACUUCGAAAAAAAGAGCUGGAAAGUCACGACAAUCAAAACUCGUGAAGAUUUUCGACCAGCAUCAGGGUGUUCAUGGCGGCAGACGAGGGCGUGUAUAGCAUGUAUGAGUAUUUAACUGCCUUUAUGAACAAAUAAGAUUGUACUGCAAAUUUAAUAUCCUCUCAAAAACCAAAUGAGAGGAUCAUCACAUAAUUCAUAAUAAGAUUUGAAGAAGCUUUAAUUUGCAGUAUAAUUAUACAAUAGUAUGAUUACUAACCUGUAGUAGAGUUAGUAUGAUUCACACAUGCUUCAGUUAUAGAAGGAAAUUUUAUACGAGUAGCUGACACAAGAGUUUGGCCUCGGUCUUAUUUUCACACUCAUUACAGAAACUUCAGUCAAACAUGGUGUUUUCUCCGGCCACCUGGUAGCCGAUGUUUUCCAAAAUAACACCAUUUUUUCCAAUGCAUUUAGCAUUGGAAAAAAUGCUGAAUGCAUUGGAGAAUGUCUCUUAGUAUCAACAAUUUCUCAUCCAUGUUCCUACCUCAUACCAGCGCUAGUGGGUUUAGCGCUUGGUUACAAUAAUAAACAUCCAUCAUACUCCUAGUAUGACACUCCUCGUAACAACAUGAUGUUAAAGCUUGUACACUAAUGAUGAGUACAAAUAGGAUGUGUGUCUGGCGCUCGCCAGACGAAGGACCGAGCCUCCACUGCAUCUUGCGUGCUGAAUGACCUACAUGGGUUUAGCAUUUAACAUAUUUUUUUUCACACUUGUACAACAAGCAGUUUACCAAUUUUUUAUUAGCAAAAUUA